AUGGAAGCCCUGAUCAGUGACCACCAGAGCCAGAACUUGGACGUACUGCUCAUUCAGGAGUCGUCCGUCACAACCUAUCGAACACAUAUCAACCAUAGCGCCUGGCGGCUGCACCGACCGACGGAGAACAGCGACUCGGCCCGGUUUCGAAUCUACCGCCAACAAGUGCCACUACACACCCCGCACGAGGCAUCAACAGGAUCAGCGCUGACAACCGCCCGGGGCGCAAUCCAAUCCACCAUCCGGGAUGAAAAAAGGACAACCGGAGACUUCAACCGCUACCAACCAACAUGGGGCGAGGACGCGAGCGAGCUGCUCGAUUUCUUAGAAGCCUAUGGCCCACGAGGAACAGCAACAUAUUGGUCUUUAAGCCAGGAGGACAACUACGGGUCAGACCACCGGGCAACCUAUUCAGAAUGGAACCUCGCGGCCCCACGCAACCCCACAUCCAAAACAAGAAAGACCUACGACCGAGCGGACUGGGACAAGAUCGGGAAAAGGUUCGGCGUCAGAUAG